AUGUCACUUCCUGCCCUCCAGGCCAUGGGCAGGGGUUAUAAGGAGCUCCUGGUCUGGGCAGGCACAGCACUGAGGACCCUGGCCCAUAUGCCCACUAUGCACUGCCAUGGGCCUCCCUCCACGCUACCGCUGUUGCUUGCGCUUCUGGUGGGGACAGUUUCAGCAGCUCCCUUGGCAGCCAAACCUUGCAAGGAGCCGACCUGCUGUCUGGCAGAGGUGGUCACAGAGGUGCUGACGCAGGGCCAGCCCCUGAGAGGACCCUGCAUGGCUCUCCUCCAUAAAGAGAUAUGCAAGGCAGAGCCCUAUGGAGGCAUGUCCACCAAGGGAAAAGGUCUGCUGGGUGGAGAGUUACAGAAGCGAGAGGCUGGGAAGACCAGGUCCUGCCAGGAGGUGAAGGACAAGGAGGAAGAGGAGGCAGCAGAGCACACCCACAAAUCUGAGGUCUGGAAGCAGGCGGUCCAAGAACAGCUCCAUGGCCUACUCCACCAGGAGGAUGAGGAGGAAGAGGGAAAGAGGAAGGGGCCCCUGGAGGCUUUGGAGGACAUGUGGAAGCAUCUAGAGAGGGGAGAGGGUCCCAGAAAGCGGGUGGCAGAGAAAGCCAGUGAUGAGGAGACAGCCCAGUUUGAGGCCGAGCAGGGGAUGCGGGUGCUUGGGGGGGGCCACAGCAUGUGGCAGGGGUCCAACAAAGGAGGAGGGGAGAGGCAUGAGGACUCGCUGCACCACCACCGCCAAUCCGAAGCAGAGCUCAAAGAGGAGACUUCGGAAAGAGAGGAGCAUGGCGUGGAACAGCUGAAGCACAUGAGAGAAGAGCUGAAGAAGGCGACAGAGAUGCUGGGGGAGGAACUCCAGAAGGAAGGCUGA